UGCUCAACCAGGCCAUUACACAAUAGGUUGAUGUUUUACUCACGUAUUUAUUUUGCCAUUAGUCAUUGGUCAAUGCACUGCCUGGGCUGAAAUAAGGAGAAUAAGAAGGGGGCUAUAUUUCCAUCAAUUCUUGAAGAGACAGCUGGACAUAAAGACAGACAUUAUGGAGAAAAAAACGAUUGUGUUUUCUGUGCUACUGCUGCUGCUGGGGUGCAUGUGGACCAUCCAGGCAGACGUUGAUGAGGAUGAGGUGGAGAAACCUGUGAAUCCGACUGUGGAUCAUGCACACAUGGAAGACUUCAAUCUAACUCUGCUCUUUUCAAGUAUGCCCAAUAGAACCUUGUUCAAUACAAUAGAGGACUGUAAAAAAGCACCAGAAACAGGUCCUUGUAGGGCAUACAUGGAAAGGUACUUCUACAACCCCUCCUCAAUGACCUGUGAGAUCUUCACCUAUGGCGGGUGUCUGGGCAACCUGAACAACUUUGAAGAUAAGGCUAAGUGUAUGGAGAGCUGUCACACUGCAGAAGAUGAGGAUGACACAAAAGAUGGGUCUGAUUAAUUGUCCCAUGUUGCUUUGAAAACACACACCAAUUUAGACUGCAGCUGCCAAGUGUUAAACACUGUGUGAAUGUUCUGUAUCAGCUUUUGGACUGUCUGUAUCACGAUAAUAAAGUUUAACAUUUUA